AGUGCCUAGGCAACCACAAGAAGCAACCAGGACUCAAAACAGCUAGUUAACGUUACCGAGUUAGUCUAUCAUUAGUCUAUCAUUAAUCUAUCAUUAGUCUAUCAUUAGUCUAUCAUUAGUCUACACAUGAUGUGGACGCCUGGAAAUACUGCAGAUACAAACUGUAAAACUAUAAAGAUAACUGUCAUCCGUGGAAAUAACCUGCAAGGGAAAAAGGCAGAGAGCUUCCAGAGCUUUCUGCAGGUUGAAUUGGCUGGAAAUGUGCUGGGAGAGUCAGAGAAGAAGCAGGUCGACCCUGCAGAGCAGCGCGUUGACUUCGACUUUACCUGCAGCUUCCACUGCCCCAGUAACUCUCAGGCUCUCAGUGACAUCGCCCAUGAACCCCUCAUAUUGACGGUGAGAGAGUUCCUGCCUGAGGCGAAGAAAGCUGAGGCGAAGACAGCGGUGCUGGGCCAAGCUGUGGUCGAUCUGCUGCCGCUGCUACAAGGUCAGUGCAGCUUCUCGUCCAGAGUCCCUCUGAAUCCAGUAGUCACUAGCACCUCAGCCAAAGAGUCCUCCCCAGAAUCCAGCUGCACGAGCAGCCCAAAUGUGGAGAAAGCAAUUAGAGCCAGACAGAAGCAGGUGGCCAACCAAGUCAUUUUAAAGAGCAAGAGGAAGUCGACCCUGGAUGUGUGUGUCAGUGUGUCAGAUCCAGUGCUGUCUGAGGCUGAACUCUCAGCCUCCAACCUGCUGAAGGUAACUGUGGAGACGGCCUACUCCAUCCCUGAGUCAUGGAUGCUGCAGUCUGGCCCUGCCCCCACUCCCUGGUACACUGCUGCCCUGGAGGUCCCGCUUACUGCACAGAAAGAACAGGUGCUGAUGUUCUCUGAGGGGCAGCUGAAGGCGGGAGGGCAGAGGGAAGAGAUGUGCCGACAGAGGAAGAGUCCCCAUCAGGCCCUGCUGGUCCCCGGGAACCACUACCUGCCUGGUGCCUUUUUCCAGCCAGAGCCCAUAGAGCAGGAGGACGGCGAGCUGACUGGCUUAGAGGACCGGGAGUUUCGCAAUGAGGCAGAGACCACGAAGAACAGGGUGAGCUGGGAUACAGAGAUGCGCUGCUUCCUGGAUGCAGGAGGAACUAGCAGGCUGCGGCAGAAGAUCACUGAGUGCAGACUGUGGCCGGUGGAGAUAAUGAGGACGUUGGCUCCGCUGGCAAAGGCAGAAAUCAAGAUGAUAUCUGAAGAUAACCCAGAGAUCCCCUGCCAUGGCUUGGCGUUUGUGGACAUGGGGCGGCUGCUCUAUCCUGGAGUCAGCCGCAUCCGAGGAGCGUACAGCAUUCUGCCCUUCUCCCAGGCCGAGAUGCUGAAACAGGCCAAGCGGAGAAUCAGUGUGUUAAAGGAUUACGCCAAGGCUGUAGGCUGCCAGGUCAAAACUCGUGCUGGCUCAGCUGCCUCUUGCAGGAGGAAGGCCGGGAAGAACUUGGAUGGACGGGGAACGAAGGAUUCCAAGGAGCCGGUCAAAAAGCAAUCUAGUAAUCAAAGCAGGAUGGCUGGAGCCGACAGCGCGGCUGACAUCACAGCCGACUGCGCGGCCGAAAUUGAGCCGCACGUCAAUGUGGAGGGAAAUAUGUACGUGGAUUCCAGAACUUAUAUUAUCAUUGAGAUAGCCUUGGAGAAACCACUGGUACCCAAAACAUGUCCAGAGGAGCUGUCCAGAAGGGUGAAGGCGUUGAUCCCACCCAGACCUCCACUUCAAGCGGGUCCUAGCAGAGCAGAAAGAGCCGUGCUGGACUUCCACACGCAGGUAGGCAACGUGGUGGCCCAUGUUUCAGACCAGUAUGAGGAAUUGUUUGGAGCAAGAUGCAAGCCGUUGGAAAGCUGCAACCGGGAGCAAGAGAAGGUUCAGCUGAUGGGAACGCUCAAUGUCUCUGCGAGAUACUUCACCUUCAAGGAACAGAUGAAGCAUGCAGUGGUUAGGAUUGUACGUGACAAGAUGCAGCGGACGGAGCCAUUCACUGACCCCCAGGAGCUAAAGGCUUUUGUCAGCAAGCUCUAUGUCUACCUGGUGGAUGAGAUGCACACAGCUCUCAACAAAAUUUAUUCAGAUGACGUCGUUGAUGUCCCCGUGGGUGAGAUCCAGUUGAGUUCUUCUCAGCUCAGACAUUUUGCCAGAGAGGCUCAGCUUACUGGGGAUUAUCAGCAGGCUGUUCGGUACUACCAAGAGCUGGUGGUGAGGGAGCCCAAUGAGCCUUCUCACAAGUUUGAGUGGGGAAGCCUUUACAUGCUGACCGGAGACUACAUGAAGGCUAAAGAGUGUUUCCAUGACGCCGUGUCCAUCCAGCAGGAACACAAACCCAGCCUGAUAAUGUGUGGGGUCUUGGCAGCGACGUUUGAGCAUCAUGCGGAUGCCCAGACCUUCCUGGAGAGAGCCGCCAGCAUAGACCCUUCUAGUGUGGUGGCCUGGACGCUGCUGGGUUUGCUCCAUGAGAGCAAGAGCGAACCCAUCCUGGCUGAGAGGGCUUUUCUGAGGGCAAAAGAAGCAAAGAAGCCAACCCAGAGAGAGGAGGAGAAAACAGACAGGGAGGAGGAAAAUGAGAAGGAGGAAGAGCAUCUAGAGGAAGAGGAGAUGGCCACGCCUGCAGGUCAAUCCCCCACUGCUAAGAGAGACUGUGGAGACCAGGACUCAGAGGUGCAAGGAGAGCCUCCAGUACAGACUGCCAGCCCCAGAUCAGCUCCAGCUAAACUCUCCUCCACCAUUUACACAGAGACGGUUCACUUCCUGCUGCACAACUUUGCCCUGCAGAUGGCGGAGCGUACUCUGUCCCUGGAGCUGCUGUUGUCAGAUGGUGGUCCCAGUGUCCCCUAUCUUCGUCAUCUGGCCCAGUUGCAGAUGCUCAGAGCUGACUACUGCAGUGCUGACGCCAGCCUCAAAGAGGCGCUGUCUCUCAGAGACCAGGAUGUGGAUGCGUGGGCGCUGAAUGGUCACUGUCACUACCUGCAGGGGAUGUUCAGUGAUGCCCAGGAGAGCUAUGAGCUGAGCCUGCGCUUCCAGCAGCAGCCAUCAGACUCUCACCUUGUCCUCCUCCGCCUGGGAUCCAUCUACCUCCAGCAGGGGAAGUUUGAGGAAGCCAAAGUUGUCUACCUGCAGGCUUGUGAGCAAUCUCCGUCCUGCCUUACCUGGCUAGGCCUGGGCACCGCCUGUUAUCAGCUGGAGGAGCUGUGGGAGGCUGAGGAAGCUCUGACUGAGGCCAAUCAUUUGAACAACCAGAACGCAGAGGUGUGGGCUUACCUGUCUCUGAUCUGCCUCAGGUCUGGCAGACAAGAGGAAGCAGAGCAGUUUUAUAAAUAUGCAACAAGGUUCGACCUGCAGAAGGAGUCGCUCCUCAAAGAGUUCUGUGAGCUGAAGGAUCAGCUGCGCUUCACUCAUCUGGUGUCAUGCUUUGAAACAAGCUCAUAAAUCUGAAUAUGACAGAGAGGUAUAUUUCAUACAAACACACAGAUUUUAAAAGACAUUUUUUAUUGUAUUUUAAGCAUUUGUGAAAAUGAAACCAGGCCAGCUCAGAUGCACACGAUGGGUCAGAUUUUACAGACAGUGGAGAUCAGUAACUGUCAGAGCCAUAAUAACAUUAAACCCUGUUCAAAAUCGACAUAAA